ACAGGUAUUUUGCUUAAAACCGAUGAAAUUAAUUUAGAUGACAUGACAGAUGAAAUUAAUUUAGAUAACAUAAUAGAUGAGAUUGUAGUAGAUGAUACAAACGAAUUGAAUAAGGUUCAAUCAUUAAUUGAUAAAUUAAAUCUUGAAAAUUCUCUUAGUGCUAAUAAAUUUAUUCAUUAUGAUAGCACAGUAAUUACAAUAGAAAUAAGAACUAAUGAUGAAAUUUUAGUAGUAAUUAUUCCUAAUAAAGAGGAUGAAAUAGAAGAAGAUCCAGAUCCUUCACCAAUUAUUACUCACAAUGAAGCUAUUGAAUCAUAUGAUAAAAUAAUUUGGUAUUUAGAGUAA